AUGGACGCGAUCGAACAAUCUUCACCGAAUGCGCUGGCGCAUUUGACACAGGUCCCGAUCGCCCAGCUUUCUCCAGACCUUGCGCAACCGAGCGAAAAGUUUAUUGUCGCAGUUGUAACACUUAUCUGGCCCUACUCAUCCUCAAAUAAGUCUCUGAGCCUUUUGUUGGCAGAGCCGGACGCCCGCCUACGACGGCCGAACGGACAAGUGAAGGCCACAUUUCAUGGACGCGUCGCGCAGAAGAUCGCAGAGUCGCAUGUCGGAAUAAGGGAUACAGUUCAUCUUUCUUUGGCAAAUUCCAAGUUUGUUAGCAAUGAAGCCGCCGAGCAAACACCGGGGAGGUCUAUCGCGUGUGGUGCACACUUUGAAGAUGCUGUGUCUCUCGAGGUUCACCGAUCCUCCGAUCCUCCGUUGAUAAUCAGCGUUGAGCCACAGCCGACGGUGCCAGAUCAUGUCCAACUCGCACCUCCGUCAACCCCCGUUCGUCACACAGCCAAGCAUGGAUUGGAUACAGCGCCUGGUACAGGCUCUUGGGGAUCACCGGCAUUCAUGCGGUCCGCUCGCAACUCCUUUGGUGGAGUUAUCGAUACCUCGCGUGACCCUUUUGCGGAAGACGAUGGCUUUGUGCCUGGGAAAGGAAGGAAACGUCCGCGGUACAGCUUGCAAAGGGAGGAUUGGCGUCUGAUCGAUGAGCCGGAGAGCUCUGUCGAACAAGAACUUCCCGUGGAUUGGUGGGAACAGACCUUGGAACAAGAACUUGACGCGGAGGAUGCGGAGGGUCAAUCUUCGGACGAACCGAUGGCAGAUGCUGCUGCUACUCAAGCCGACCUCGAGAAUGCACCGGCAGAGGCCCUGUCAGUGUUUGCGAAGCCUUCCCUUGAACUUACGGGUAGCAUCAUUGAGAGACGUGCGGGCGCGUUAAGCAACAAUACACCUCAUGAAUCAGUCGAUAUCCCGGGGCGAGGACCUCCGCCUUUUCAUCUUCCAACAGACACACCACAGAUCCGACCUAUUCCCUCUCCUGGACUUCCAAUCCCCUCGCCACUGGUGUCAAAUCACGCUAAUUCAAGUGGAUAUUUCACAUCAUGGUCCGCGUCUGCGCAAACCGAAGCGAUUCGUUCUGUUGCUGCUGAAACAACCACCAUCACAUCACACUCUGGACCCUCAGUUGAGACCCAGGAGACGCACGAGACCCAUGCCACCGAAUCCCUUGAACCACUUGCAAUGGAAUCGGUCCAGUCAAAUGUUGCAUCCCUCCAGGAGGAACCCGUUCUUGAUGCGGAGUCUCUUCUCCAGGACAUUGCGCCACGGUCUACAGGAUUAGAAGAUCUACCAGAUGAACAAGAAGUUGGGAUGACCGAUCACCGGUUGACCGUCGAUGAACCAAUUAUUGUUCAGGCUGAUGUUGAAAUUGGAAAUGCCGACGAAGUUGAACAGUCAAAUGAAGAACAGCCCCCGAAAUGUUGUCCGUGA